UUUCAUUCACCAGCUUACUUGGUUCUUGUUUGAUUGUUCAUAUAUUGUUACAUGGUUCCUUACAGCAGCCCAACAUCUUUUCUCUUUUCAGUCAAUUCAAUAUGCCUAUCAGUGAUCAUGCCCCCCGGUUGAAUUUCCUCAAGGAUUCGGCCUCUUCCUUGGCUUCGCUCAGUCCGUCUACAGCAGCCCAUCUGAUGGCGGUCCACCACCACAUCUUCCAUGAGGAAUGUAGAUCUUUAAACCCACGGCUCCAGGAGAACUACUGUGGUGCCUGUGGCAGUCCCAGGAGGCCAGAAUGGACCAGAACCCGCAAGGUCCAUCCGAAACCUGCCAAGAAAACAAAGACACAGGGGGCAACAGUCUACACCUGCCUUCGCUGUCACAGCCGGACAGUGAAGCCUGGGCGUAAAGACUCACUGCCAACAAGAGCCACUAAAGUUACUACGAAUCCUUCAGCCUUAGCCUCCCCUGUUGACUCCCCUGGGGUUCCUCUGCCAGAUGACCGCAAAGUGGUGGACAAUGCCAGCAGUAAGAAACGAGCCAAGGCCAGGAAACAGGGAGGACUGCAGGCAUUGAUGGCUUCCAAACAAAAGACCCAGAACAAUACCUCCUCUCUGGAUCUGUUCGACUUUCUGCAGCAAUGAGGUUAUUUGUGCAUGAUGGUUAUUUUUUUAUGCCAAGACUCGGCAUCGGAGCGGAGUUAACCCGGACCUGCAUCCUGAGGCAUCCAAGUCACGGGCGGGGCAUAUCGUCACUUGUUGAAUUUGGGGAACUUCGUUGCUUCGAUCCUCCUAGCCUCGA